AAAAAGAGUUUUCUGUCUAUUUCUAUUGAUUUUAUACAUAUUCCCACUCUAUAAUGCGUGGAUUUUUAUUCAUCUCAACUGUAUUCCUUCUAUUAGUGCUAGAAGCUCAAGGAGCAAAGUUUGCUGAAGAAAAAGAAGUACACGAUGAAGAACAUAUCAAACAACAUUUGGAAAAUAAAAUCGAAGUUGAGAAGCUAACAGAAGAACAACAACGGUUCCAUUAUUUCUCAAUGCAUGAUUUGAAUAAGGACAAUUUUAUUGAUGGAAUUGAAAUUUUGAAGGCUCUUACUCACACUCAUGAUGCACACGAUUCCGGACAUCCUGUUCCAGUAUCAGAUGAAGCAGAAACAGAGAGACUUGUUGAUGCUGUUUUGGAUGAUUUGGAUUUUAAUGGAGAUGGAGUUAUUGAUUAUGGAGAAUAUUUGAAACGACAGUGAUUAUAGUUGAUAGAUAAUUUAUUGAAUUUUGUAUUCUUACAAGUUUAAACUGGAAUAGAUGAUUUCAACU